GUCAGUGCGCCAUCACUUCCUGCCGCUACCGGUGUGGACCGUGAGUGGCGGCGGGCCGGUUUCCCGGCGCUCCCCUUCCCUUCUCCCUCCCUCCCUGUCCCUCCCUUGGCGACCGCGCGUCGCGGGGAUUCCCGACCCGGCCUCGGCGUGAGUGCGGGGGCCUUAAGCAGCCUGAGGCGCCGCGGCAGAGAAGGAGGACGACCGCGACCCUCGGUCCCCGCUCCGCGUCACCGCGCUCGCCGCCGCCAUGGCCAUGAGGCAGACGCCGCUCACUUGCUCGGGCCACACGCGGCCCGUGGUGGAUUUGGCCUUCAGCGGCAUCACGCCUUACGGCUACUUUCUGAUCAGCGCUUGCAAAGAUGGCAAACCUAUGCUCCGCCAGGGAGAUACAGGAGACUGGAUCGGAACAUUUUUGGGUCAUAAAGGUGCUGUUUGGGGUGCAACAUUGAAUAAGGACGCCACCAAAGCUGCCACAGCAGCUGCAGACUUCACAGCCAAAGUGUGGGACGCUGUCUCUGGAGAUGAACUGAUGACCCUGGCUCACAAGCACAUCGUCAAGACCGUGGAUUUCACACAGGAUAGCAAUUACCUGUUGACUGGAGGACAGGACAAACUGCUGCGCAUAUACGACUUGAACAAACCUGAAGCAGAACCCAAGGAAAUUAGUGGUCACACGUCCGGUAUUAAAAAGGCUCUGUGGUGCAGUGAGGAUAAACAGAUCCUUUCAGCUGAUGAUAAGACUGUUCGGCUCUGGGAUCAUGCCACAAUGACAGAAGUAAAAUCUCUAAAUUUUAAUAUGUCUGUUAGCAGCAUGGAAUAUAUUCCUGAGGGAGAGAUCUUGGUUAUUACUUAUGGACGAUCCAUUGCUUUUCAUAGUGCAGUAAGUCUGGAGCCAAUUAAAUCCUUUGAAGCUCCUGCGACCAUCAAUUCUGCAUCUCUUCAUCCUGAGAAGGAAUUUCUUGUUGCUGGUGGAGAAGACUUUAAACUGUAUAAGUAUGAUUAUAAUAGUGGAGAGGAAUUAGAAUCCUACAAAGGUCACUUUGGCCCCAUUCACUGUGUGAGAUUCAGUCCCGAUGGUGAACUCUAUGCCAGUGGUUCUGAAGAUGGGACACUGAGAUUGUGGCAAACUGUGGUUGGAAAGACCUACGGCCUGUGGAAAUGCGUGCUUCCUGAGGAAGAUAGCGGGGAACUGGCAAAGCCAAAGAUCGGAUUUCCAGAAACAGCAGAAGAAGAGCUGGAAGAGAUUGCUUCAGAGAACUCAGAUUCCAUCUAUUCGUCAACUCCUGAGGUGAAGGCCUGAGCAGCUCAGACGUGUGCCGCAGAUGCCAUGCAGUUGAUGGACUGAACAAGCAGAGACCGGCAUCGGCCUUCAGUUACUCUGCCUGUGCCAAAGGGGACAGACUGUUGGGGCAUGGAUUGCUCCAGUGCACGAACAACUACAGUGUUGCCUGUGAGUGAACUGGCUGAGCGUGCGGUGCAGGCAGGAGGAUUCUGUUCACCUAGUGCCUGCCAAAGCCUGCUGCCGCGAUGAAAAGCCAACUUAGUGUCCACUUUACCCCAGAUCUCCUGUAGCUGUUUCUGUUAUGGAGAAGAAAAAUAUAUUGGCCUAUUUUUCUGACAUUUCCCUUGAAGAAUGCCUUUUUUUCUCUGCUUAGUUGUGAAGAAGAGGAAAUACAUGAUAAAGUAACUGGUUUGAUCUCUUUCAUUGUACACUGACGGCUUCUGGACAUCUAAUUUUUUAGUUAUCUAAAUAAAAUGCCUCUAAAACAAUAAUUUUCUGUUUCUUUGGGAAAUUCUGACAUGCUUGAAUAUUAAAACUAAAUAUUCAAAGUUUUCUGUAUCAUCCACAGCCAGCAGUGGCAAAAGACAGUUUAGUUAGAGCCUGAACUAAACAUUUCCUAAUUUUGAAAUUCAAUUAUUUAAACUUGAAACUUUCCUAUCUUUUGCUAGGUGUUCAUUUAUCUUCCGGAAGGGUAGAAUUGCUUUUCUUGUUUAAACAUGCAUGUUAGUUACUAAAAAGAAAAGCAAUUAGGAAGACAGGUAAAUAAGCAGAAGUCCCAGUUGUUCUGAAAACCGCUGUCCGCAGUCAGACAUCUGCUUGGUUGUACAAAUACCCACAUGACUGUGAAACUGGGUUAAUCAUUAAUUUGAAGUAGUUUAUGAUGUAUCAGACUUUAUCACAUUGAAAUUUGGGUCAUUCAAAAAGUCGACCUUUAAUACAUUGGAUUAGUUGAAUAAAUUUGUAGUCUAUUAUUUUAUAAUAUGAAGAGAUUAAAUUAGUAAUUUGGAAAUAAAGAUGAACAGCUUGCAUUAAUUUGCUUUCUUCUAAUUUGUCUUUUGAGUGACCUUUAAUACUUUGAUUAGAAAAAAGCUUUGACUGGUUUGUGACAACCAGAAGGCGGCACUACAAGCAGCGGCUGGGGAGCCAGGGGGACGCCUGUCACAGCCGCUGAUGAGCCUCAGGCAGUGGUGUUCCUGUGUCCAUGUUUAACAUGCUUGGUUCUCUGCUCUGUAGCAGUACUGUUAAUGUAUCAAGAUUAGACUGAGAGUCUGACCCUAAAUAAAGUUGAAUGCAUCUUUUAUAAUGGAAGUUGCUUGAGUUCAUGAAAAUAAUAAAAUAAGGGCAUUUC